AUGUUCCAGUCAAGGAGAUCUCGUGAGAGUAAAGUGGUAGACUCCGAAGCUCUAGCUGCUGCUUCUGCUAUUGGAAAAGCAUUGGAUCAAAGGGGAACGAAGGUUGAUGUUGACAAAUUGCCGCAUUACAACAGCAUCUCUAGGUCCAACUCUAUAGCGCGCGCCAUGUCUAUAAGUGGAAGGAACAAUAGUUUACGUCAAAACCGGGAUUCUCGGCGGAGUUCAAGUCUCCAAUACAAAACGCCAAGACCCAGGGGGAGCUACGACGAAAGUGAAUUCGUGGAUGCAGAGGACACGUUCCAGCAAUUUGGCGGGCCCCAGGCACAAAACAAACAAGUAACGGUCAAGAAAUACGUGCCUGGGCCAAGUGGGCUCAGGCUAGUGGAGGUGCCCGUAUCCGAUGUGCACCAGCCUUCCAGUGGUCGAUCGAGUUUGACACGACGUUCGACCUCUAUGCAUAGUGGUUUGUCUGUUCGCAACAGCUCGUUGCGGAGCAAUUCAUUGCGUAGAAAAUCGUCUUUAACAUUCGAAGCACCCGAAAACCGUAAGGGCCCUGUAACGCAAACCAACGGUGGUUCUACUAAGAGGGCCCCCAGCCCAUCAACGCCCUCGAGAGGGUCAGUUCUGCGAAAGCCUCUGGCGCAGCAGUCACUUGAGGAAGAAACUGAUGAGCAACUCGAAGAUGAGCAUCGCAAGCCAGAUGCUAUCAACCCAACAGCAAUGUCAACAUCCCCUGUGAAGGUGGCGCGGGGUAAGCCAUCUGCUGAAGCUAGAGAUUCAUCCUCUUCGGCAGAGAUCGCCCCACCUAAACUUUUGGUUUCGCCACCCAAUGAAGAACACCUUGGCGAACAGCGUGACUUCACAAAUUCCGUUUCUCCCCAGAAAGAUGAACCAGAGAAGCAAGCCCCGAAGAAGACUGUCGAAGAUGUCAUCAAUGAAGACGUUGGCACAGGGCAGGAAGAUACAGGUCGCAGUAAUGGAAGCAGUAUGGCACAAUACAUACGCUCAGCAAAUCAAUAUCUUAACAAGGCUCAUGAACUCCCCGAAAAACACGCCCAUGAUAUGGAAAAUUCUUCUAACGGGAAUUCUGAGACUGUUGAGAGUGGUGCAACGGCAGUCGAAGCCCAGCCAUUAGCGAGGGUCAACUCUCCAAUGAAAUCGGCUCUUAAAAAGAGAGUCAGCAGUCAUUCGAUAAAUGGGCAAUAUGCAGAAAGACCUAACUCCACAGCACACGAUGCAUACCUAUCUCUAACCACAGCCGAAAAUACCAGAUUAAAUGCGCAGAUUGCCAACGACCAGAAUAAGCGACAACCUUCGACCAUUAAAUCUCGCCCCCACUCAGUGAUGAAUGGUCGUCCAAAAGUUCAAAACAAGGAAAAUGUCGAUGCUAAGCUCAAGCAUCGAUCUGUUCAGGGACUCCCGUCGCGGGCGGAUACGCCCCCCGUCAGAUCUAGCAUGCGGCCAAACUCCUCUAAAGUAAAAAACAUCCCUCCACAAAUGCAAAGUAAAGCAAAGUCGCAUAUCCAGGGCGCAGCUUUUUAUCCGCCAGAGCCUCCGCAGAAGCGCUCCAGCUUUGAGAGGGAAAGACCAGAACAUAGUCACAUGGGAUUCAAGAAGCUUUCAUUAAGAGAGGCCUUGGAUAGUAGAGAAGCCGACCAAUUUGACGAAACACAAUAUCAGUCUUCUAGUGUCCAAUCGGGAAAAGCACAGUCACCACAACGUGUUAACCAGUCGGUUCUUCCUUCAGGUAGCGUCUGGAAGUCAAGAUUUCACGACUCGGACUCCGAAGAUGAGAACGAUCUUUUUGCUGUCCCCCCACAAGGAUCUAAUAAAGCAGCAAAAACAAAUGGAGUAUUUCCAUUCACAAGUAAAAACAAUGACGAUUCGCUACAACCUCCUCAGCCUCGUUAUGUGCAGUCGGCAACCGCCCCUAAUUCCAGAAACAACACACCGAACAAGAAAAAGAGCACUUUGUCCUUGAGGUCAGCAAGCAGCAUGAGCAAUAACGCGCCUGCGAAACGGGGGAACAACUUGAGUAAUCGAUUCUUUAGUGAGCAGCUGCCCGCUGUGGAGGCGGAACAGGCAGAAGGUCCUAAAAAGAAGAGCUUCGGUAAGAAGCUCAAAAAGAUAUUUGGUAGAAAGAAAUAA